GACAGUUAUUAUUUUUCGAGUGUUCAGCGUGUACGCAACGCAACGUGCAAGGUUAGAAUCCAGAAAUUGGACGUGUCGGAUAACAAAGAAGAUUAAAUUGUGUGAAUAUAAAGUGUAUAAUUGUUUAAUUAAGUGUUUAAUGUUAACAAAAUUAUCGGGGAAUAGGAUUCGUCGUUUAGAAAAAGUUAAAUAUCUACAAAAUGUCAAAUUUAAUUGAAGAUCAAUUGGAAGCGUGGGGUCUUCAGGAAUACAUUGAGAAGUUUAAAGCUGAACAAAUCGAUGAGAAAGCAUUCCUACAUAUGCCUGACUCCAUGGUUAAAGAAUUAAUACCUGUAGUUGGAAAACGUUUUUAUUUUCUACAAAAUCGACAAGAAUUACUCGAAAGUGAAAAUUUAAUUUCGGAACGCUCAUCAAUUAAAUUAUCUAGAACUGAAUCUGAGGAUACAUGCAGUAUAGCGAGUAGUUCUUCAAUAAAUUUAGAAUUUAAAAAUCAUGAAAAGACGCUAAAAGAAUUACUUUGUGAAUCUAGCUGUGGUAAAAAAAUAUUGAAACAAACACGAUUGACUUCAUCAGAUCGCAAUAAACUGUGUCAUUUGAUUAUUGAUAAACUUCUUUGCAAAUCUAAAAAAAUAACUUCUGAGCAGUUUCAAGAGUUGGCUGCAGCGAUAGCUAGCGUUUUUAAAUAUGAAAAUACAUCGACGUAUUAUGUUCCAUCAAAUACAAAAUUUCGACGUCUAGCUAACGGUAAACUGUGGGAUAAAUAUAAUAACCUUAAAAAAUACAUUAAGCAAGACAAAGUAAAAGCAAUUAAGGACGACAGCAUUGAAGAUACAUCUGAUUGUCAAGAAGAAUUACUCAAAUUGAGUAUAAUUCAACCGGAUGAUCAAAAUCUGGAAAAUCUUUGGAAACAAACGUUUAAAGCAAGAAAGAGAGGGAUUUCUAUUAAUGCGUAUUAUGAAGAAUACCCUAUUUUAAAAACUUCUUUUGGUGCCAUAUUGUUACAAAUUGAUUUUGAGCUAGAAACAAGCAUAAGUACGCAUAUGUUUCCUAGUAAGUGGUCUCGAAUUGCUCCAUAUAUAUUAGAUCUUGCUGUAAAGAAAAAUGUUUGCUCAUCAUUGUAUGAACUACGUAAUGAUGUACCUCUCGAAACAUUAAGUCUUCUUGUAUUACCUUAUUUAUUUCCACCGAAUAAUGUAAAAACAGGUAAUAAGAAAAAGUGGAAGCCUUCUAAAACAGAAAUUGCUGACAGUUUUAUUUGUCGCAUUCCUAGUAUAGCAGAAUUGGAACCCAAAUUAGAAAAACGUAAAGAAAAGCUUGAAGCUUUUGGGUUGACACUGCAGCCAAUGAUAGUUGCGAUUGGUUCAAUUAUAAAUUUGACAAAUUUUUACGUUGUAGUAAACAACAUUAAAUACGAAUCAACGAGUUUAAUAAAUGCAGUGAACUUGUGCUUCCAAAUGUUCUUUGCGUUGGAUGCAAAAUAUCCAAUUGAUUCUGAAAUGGUGUGGUAUUUUUUACAAUAUCACAUAUAUGAUAUUAAGAAUGCAAAAUAUGCUCGAAAUUUCGUUGCUGUGGAUACUACUUGGUGCGAUUUACAAGAACUAAUCGAGUUAAGUGAGUAAAAGACCCCUUGAAAAACGUAUUGCUUUAUUUUAAAAACUUAUGUUACUUUUAUGUUUAAUAUCUCUUUUAUUUUUUAAUGUCAGUAUAUACAUCCAUAAUGAUAA